UUUGGAAAUAUGUCGCGAAAAUCUACAUUUAAUGCGUCCGAGACGAACAAAUUGUUUGAAAUUUGUGGCAAAUACAGUAGUGUAAUUGAAUGCAAAAAAACUGACUGCAUCAGUUCAAAGGAAAAAGAAGUUGCAUGGGAAAAGAUUACGCAGGAAUUCAACGCCACAAACGAAAUUUUACGCGAAUCCAAGGAACUGAAAAAAAAAUAUAAAAACAUAAAAUAUGUUACAAAGACCAAGGCAGCUGAAGAGCGGAGAGGCAUCUAUGGCACUGGUGGUGGUCCUGCAACACCUUCAACCCCUUUGACAGGUGUAGAGGAGAGGAUGUUGGCAAUGUUAAAUGACAAAGAGAUGGAGGGUAUUGCGAAUACUUGCGAUUCAGAUACUGUGCUGGCGGAUGUUCAUCUUGCUGAAAACAAUACCAGUACUUCACCCGCAUUGGAAACACCGCUACCCGGUCCUGCCACACUAAGGAAGAAGAUGAGCGCACCACUGUGGACACCUCGAAGACUGUGUGACAAAAACCCGAAGACCUCGUCCUGGGAGAAUCUGGCUUCUAUCAAAAGCAAAUGGACAGAGUCUAAAUUCCAGGCAGACGUUGCUUUGGCAAAGAAGGAAGAGGAGAGAGUGGAGCUACAAAUGAAGCUCAUGCGCGAAAGGCACGAGUUGGAGGUUCUCCAACAUAAGGAACGUCAGGCCAUAGAAAUGGAAAUACUUAGCGUUCGAUUAGAAAAAGAAAAAUUGGAAUUAAAAAAGUUAUAUAACGUGUAAAUAUUUUUAUACUCGCAGGUUCUACAAUUCACUUCCGAGUAAAUUUCAACCAAUGCCAAUUUGAAUCAAAGCGGAUUUUAUUGAAAUUCACCCGGCCGUGAAUUAUAGAACCUCCUGAUAAAUUCAUAUUUGUAUAUCGCCUGCUGCAAAUGGACGAACAACGCCAGAUUUUAUAAUGUAUUUCAAAAACGCCCUAUCAGCUGAGAAUAUGUUGAGAUAGUGCGUGUUUGAAGCGGCAGUUGAGAUAGAGCGUUUUUGAAACAAAUUAUAAAAUAGGGCCUUCUUCGGCCAUUUGCUAAGAUAGGCCGAUCUUCCAAUCAGCAGACAAUAUACAACUGAG